AGUUAAAGCAAAAUAAUGAAUAUUCCUAGUUGGUCAAAUCUCGGGAGAAAGUUUGAAUAUAAUUCCGGCCAAAAUUAAUUAACGUAAUUUAGGCCAAAGUUGAAGUUUUAAUAAGUGAUCAUUUUAAGGUAUUCUUUGCGUAUAUAAACUCCUUGCUUAUAUGUUUAUUUAAAUAAAAAUGCUUACUUACUAUUCGCUUGUCGAUCUGGUGGUUGUGAGCUGGCUCUGGAUAGAAUUUCUUAAAUGGAAUUUUUAUUCAUUGAUUACUGGAACAGAGGUGUUUCGUUGGAUUGUAUUUUCUUUAAUUAAAAUUAUGCAUUUAGGAUCUACAUUCGACAUAGGGGUGGUUCUAUAUUUUUAUUUAACCAAUAACAAAUAUGACGAAGAUGACGAAUUGAAAUUGUUCUAGUUCUGAAUGUACUUGAUAUUCUAGAUUCAAAAGAUGUUACCAGCUUUACAAAAUCAAUUAAUGUGAGUGAAUUUGUGAUUCUUAGAAUUUUUAUGUUUAAUUGUGUGAAAAAAAAAACUAAACUAUCAUAUAUAUGUAUAAAUAUAUAUAUUUUUGGUAAAAUCACAAAAAUGUUAUUAAAAUUUGGUUGAUUCUUUCUUAGAAGAGUUAAGCUUGGUUUAUCUGAUGAACUUAAUAGUUAAGAUUUUAGAGAAACGAUGAUCAAGAAGAUCUGAUAAUCCGUAUUCGAUGAUUCUCAUUGAGUGACCUCAUGAACGCGUAGAUCAAAAGUUUAGAUCAGUAUGUCUAAGUUGUAUAUGGAGUCAGAUUUUUAACGUUGAAACCCCACGUGUUGGGGCAUAACGCCGUAUUGCGGGCCAAAAUCAUGUGAUCGCAAAAUUUUCCUUGGUGCUGGCCAAACUCGAUACCGCGGUGCGUUCUAUUUUUAGCGCAAUACGAUCUCGAUCAAGAUAUUCAAAAUGGAGGUAUACUCAUUAUACUGGUCAAACAAAGAAUUUUAUAAAUAGGGCUUUAAUCAUUUAAGAAAUUUAGCAACUGUUACAACGUUUUUUCGAUCCUAAAAACGAAGUAGCUUUCAAAAAAACUUUUUGGUGAGGAAUAAAACAAGCCACUUUUUUAAACUUGAUAUUAAGACGAAAAAAAUGAUGAAUUAUGACUGAAGAAGUUGAAUUAUUUAUUACCUCAAGAGCUAUCUCCUCGAUUUGAAGAUUCUAAAAAUCUAUUUUAAAUGUUUUUUGACAUGAUAAAAAAGGACAUAAUUACAUUGUUAAAAUUCAACACAAAGGACUCAGUUUAUUCAUUCAAAGAUUAGAAUAUUAUGUCUCAUGUACUUAUUCUGUUCAAACUUUUUUAAGGUGGCUUCAAAGUGCAGGCCUCUAGUUUAAUCCAAAAUACACUUUACAUUUAAAAAAUUAUUUCAUUUUAACCGAUUAAUAGCAAAUUAUUGAGAACUUAAGCCAGUAAUUCUACCUGCUAUCGUAAAUCAUUAGUGAUAUUUCUUCUAAAGAGAUUUAAUGUAUUAGUUACUGUAUCAUAGCGAUCUUGAAGAGGAAAUAAAUAAAUUUUUUAUACCAAAUCUUUCAUAUAUAUUUGUUGAACUUUCAAAAUUCGGUAAAUAGAGGAAGUCUCCGAUGAAAAUUAGUUAUAAAAAAAAUCGUUAGCAAUGAAGAUGAUGAAGAUGCAAUGCAAUUAUAACUGCUUAAAAUGAAGA